AUGCGGGAGGAGAUCGUGGGGGCGUUCCGCGGGAUCAAGUGGACGGGCGACAGCGACGUCGACGCCGUGCGGACCUGGCGGGGCCUCUCUGACUUCUGGCCAACGGAAUUCCACCCAGACCUGACGUCGCCGCGGGGCGAGCUGGUGGCGCACCGCGGCCUCACGCGCAUGGUCGACGAGCUCAGCGACGCCGUCCUUCCUGCCCUGCCCCGGGACUGCGCUUGCGCCGCGACACCGGUGCGCAACGGCAACGGCAACGGCAGCGGCAACGGCGGCGGCGCCGCGCGCGGCGCGGUCCCGCUCGCGCUCACGGGGCACUCGAUGGGCGGCGCGAUGGCGCUCAUGCUCGCCGCGGAGCUGCAGCUGCUGCAACGCGUGGGCGGGAACAACAUCUCCGCGCACGGCUUCGGCUCGCCGUCGGUCAUCGCGCACGCCCGCGAGGGGCCCUCCGCGGCGCUCCGCGCGCUCGGGCUGCCCGCCGGCGCGCUGCGGUCCUUCGUCGUCGACAACGACCCCAUCCCGCGCGCGUUCCUCCAAGCCGACCCGGUGUGGGCGCUGGUGAAGAAAUUCCCGCCCGCGCGCGGCCUCCUCGCGCUACGGGACGCGAUCGGCGGGGCGGGGGGCGUGAUGUCGUCGACGCGGUUCCUGUUCGACCCGGUGGGGGAGUUGUAUCUCCUAAGCAGGGACCAGUCUGACACAGUGCGGCUGACGUCGCUGUCGCACGAGACGGUCGAGGAGGCGCUCGAUCUGGCGCUCGGGCAGCUGCAGAGCGACCCGUUGUCGGCGCUGCAGGCCGUCUGGGACCACCACCACCACAGCUACGCUGCGGAGCUGGCAGGGGUCGCCGCGGCGGUGCAGCGGCGCAUGCGGGCCGCGGAGGGCGGCCGCAGCUAG